AGCUCGGGCCCCUGCUCUCUCCUUAGCUCAGCCCCACUCUGUCUGACCCAUCCAAUUCCAGCUCACAUGGAGGAGGAUGGGACCCAAUCCACAGCUCCGGAUCCCCUGAGGAGAUAUCCAGCAAAAGCUGGGAAAGCCAGGUGAGAUGUGCACACACACACACGCAACCUCACACACAAGGGAAGGUUAGAGCAGCAAAGGGGCUCCUGAGCUCUGCAAGCUGGGAAGGGGGUGGAGGGUAGUGGGUUAGCACAGAGGGAGGGGCUGGGAGUCUGGACUCCUGGCUUCUAUUCUGCAGCACAUCUCAUUGUAUUCUGUGAUGGCCUGGCUCAGUAUUUGCAGCAGAAGGCCCCCUUCUUUGAUCCAGCAGCUCAGCUUCCUUUAACGAGGAAACUCAGUCCCUAGCAGUUAGGGUUCUGAAUGAAACACUUGGAAUAUAAACUGUGGCGUAGCCACGGCAGUGACAGCUGCCUGCGUCUGCAGAGAGUCUGAGACCAUCACUGCGCGAGGGCUGAAAAGUGUCUGUUCAUCUCAGGGGGGGCGGGGGUCUGUUGACUGUGAAAUCUAAUGGUGCCAAUUUAAACACUGUGGGUAAAAUUUUGCUGCUAAUCUUCUUAGCCCCAAAGUCCAGGGCCUGCAUUGAUCCCGAGAUCCCAGAGCAGUAGCUAGGUCUCUGACUGUCUCCAUCUUAUUCAGCCUGUGUCUGUCUGGGGCUGCGCGCCCCUGUCUGUUCUGGAGCCGGAGCCACUAGAUGGCUCUGGCUCUGGGAGGCAAAGCUCGUGUUUCUCUCUCUCUCAAUCUGUUCAGCAUUUCCUGGUUGUGCAGCUCCUGUCCUAGUCCCCAGUCCCCAUUGUGCCUCCCCUUCUCCCUCCACACGGCACUGCACCAAGGGGCUAUGGGGGCCCGGGAGCCCGGUCUAGCAUCCCCUGGUGCUGGGGAGAGCGCAUCAGCCUGCAGAGAAGCAGGACUCCUGGGUUCUGGCUCUGGCAGAGGAGCGGGGUCUGGGGCAGGAUUCCUGAUUCCCAUGGAAGCACCCAGUGUCCCGGAUCUCCAGGGCUCUGAGGACACGGAUGGGUCACAAGGCGUCCAUAGAGGUGCUGAGAUGCUGCACAGGGACAAGGAGGGGAGUCCGUGGCAGGAUGAAGCAUUGUCGGGCGAGGCGUCUGAGGGCCAGCCCGGGGCCGAGGUUCAGCUGGAUGAAGCACAGGAUGCAGGGACCGCGGAGCGGAAGACGUGCCCUGAGUGCGGGAAGAGGUUUGUCUGGAGCUCGCACCUUGUGCAGCACCGGCGCAUGCACACCGGGGAGCGGCCGUUCCAGUGUGGUGAGUGCGGCAAGAGCUUCAGCCGCAGCUCCAACCUAGUGAAGCACCAGGGCACCCACACCGGCGAACGCCCCUACCGCUGCCCAGACUGCGGCCGCGGUUUCACCGACUCCUCCAACCUGGCCGCUCACCUACGUGGCCAUGCCGGCCACAAGCCCCACCGCUGCCCCCAGUGCGGGAAAGGCUUCGCCCGGCGCUCCCACAUUGCCACGCACAGGCGCACCCACACCGGCGAGCGCCCCUUCCCCUGUCCCGACUGUGGCAAGGCCUUCGCCCAGCGCUCCGACCUGGUGGCCCACCGCCGCACCCACACCGGGGAGCGCCCCUACCAGUGCACUGUGUGCGGCAAGCGCUUUGGCAUGAGCUCCACCCUGACGGUGCACUGGCGCACCCACACUGGUGAGAAACCCUACCGCUGCCACCAGUGCGGCAAAGGCUUCACCCAGAACGCGGGCUUCCUCAUCCACCAGUGGCUGCACGCUGGAGACAAGCCCUACAAGUGCGGACAGUGCGGCAAGGCCUUCAGCGUCAGCUCCGAUCUCCUCGCCCACCAGAGGGGCCAUGACGCUGGGGUUGCGGCCCACAAGUGCCCUGACUGCGGAGCUGGCUUCGGUGCCAGCGCCGAACUCCUGAACCACCAGAGUAGCGCCCAUGGGGAGAAGAUGCCACACCGGUGCGCAGCUUGCGGGAAAGCCUUCCGGUGCCGCGCUGCCCUUGGCAGGCACCAGAGGACUCACAGCCAGCAGAGAUCGCACAGCUGCUGCCAGUGUGGGAAAAACUUCCUGCACAGUUCGUCCCUCAGCGCCCACCUGAGAACCCACACUGGGGAGAAGCCUUUCAAAUGCACCCAGUGCGGGAAGGACUUCCGCCAGAGUUCGGCCCUGAUCAGACAUCAGAGGACUCACACGGGCUAGGGCCGGCCACAGCUAACCCUUGGGGGGCCGGAGCCGGCUUGGAGAUCAAGAGGAGCAGAGGACAGGGGUCAGAUUGGGGUGGCCGCUGGGAAGCUGGGGAUGAGCUCUAGGGGAGGGACCUAGCAUCUAGAUGGAGAGUUUGGGGUUGGGGACUGGGACGGUAAGGAGCUGGGUGCGGGGGCAGGAGCGUUAAGUGAAAUAAAGUGUGGAGUCUGCUUGUUAUCCUUGGAGAGUAUCACACACGUCAGGGCAAAGCUUGCUAGUGGCACAAAAGUUCCUGGGUGGGGAAUAACAAUGGGGGCAGAGCUGGCUCAUGGAUCUCACCCCUAUGCUCUGGGUCUAACUUUUCGCCAUAUUUGGGUUCAGGAGGGAAUUCCCCCUUGGGUCAGAUUGGCAGAGAUCCUGGGUGUUUUUCUCCUUCCUCUACAGCAUGGGUCACGGGUCACUUGUAGGUUUGAACUAGAGUAAACGGUGGAUUCUCUGUCUCGUGAAGUCUUUAAAUCAUAAUUUGAGAACUUCAGUAACUCAGCCAGCGGUUACGGGCCUGUUAUAGGUGUGGAUGGGGGACAUUCUGUGGCCUGCAACAUGGAGGAGGUCAGACUAGAUGAUCGUGAUGGUCCCUUGUGGCCUUAAAGUCUAUGAGGAAUCGGGGUCAGUUGAGAUAAUUCAAACAAGGUGCUUUUUAAUACAGCCAAAUGCAAGGUCGUCGUUCUAGGACAAAGGAAUGCAGGUCAGACCAGCAGAAUGCGGACUGUACCCUAGAAGGCAGAGGCCCUGAGAAGGAUGUAGGCAAUUCCACUCUGCAGCGCUGU